GUCUGCGGAUGCGCCUGCGGCUGCAUCGCUGUACAUUGAGAAGAGCUCAGUUGGCAUCUGUGGCCCAGCGUUUCUGCAGUCUUCGACGAGUCGCAUCUGUUCAACAGUCAACGAUGCGCUGCACGGCGGCCUCGGCGGGUGGGAAGCGCAGAACAGCCCAACGACACGGGCGAUUGCUGUCAAGAAGGUGCGGCGAGAUCUCAUGGCUGGCAAGGUGAGAGAGAGGACAAAACACACACAUUGUCACUUGGGUAGCAGCUGCGUGAUGGCUGUGGGUGUCAGGCAAGUGAGCCGUGUGCAGCUGCUCCAGGGAGCGCCAAGAAGGCGUCCAAAGAGAGGCCGAAGCCGGCAGCCACCGAGUCACCACCAUCAGCACCCUCUGUCAACGGGGUACGAUCCGCACACACCAUACGAGCGAACUACUGCAUGUCUGUCUGUCUGUCUGUUUGCAGGCGGCGUGUGCCGACGGUGAAGGAUGUUCGACCAGGGCGGUGAUCGGUUCGGAUGUGCCGUGGCCUGCCCCAGUGCCCUCGACCCUUUCUCUCGACGAGCGCUUCGCACUCUGCCGGUCCGUCGGCGCCGAAUGCAUUCAGGAAGACGUAAGCCAGCACACAGCACAGCACAGCACAGAUUACAUGGCUGGCACACAAAUAUCUUAAAGCUAUCCAUCGUGUGUGUGUUCAGGAGUUGCGGGCGUUGUUAGAGAGGAAGGCUCACCCGAUUUGCUAUGACGGGUUUGAGCCGUCGGGUAAUACAUAUCGCCCAGUGGAUCCCCAAGGCCAUCAAUGUCAACAAACUCACCAAGUGCGGC